AUGCCGCAGGGAACUGAAUAUGCGCCACAUGCGUAUGGGCACUUGACCGGGAACCGACAAAAAGUCCCAGAUGCGGGGAUCCACUUCGGCUUGAUCAUCACUAGCUUCAUUGAACGAUUUGGCAAGGGCUACACUGAUCACGGCGUCCGAUAUCCACCUCCGCUCGAUCUUUUCGAAACCAGAGUUGUACAGCUUCUUUCAGAAGUGAGAUCAUACAUCGAGAAGCCUCCUGGAGGGAAGUCCAGUUUCAGUGGGCUUGAAUACCGCCGAGAGCGAUACUUCAUGCAUGUCAUCUCCGACGUGCGCAGUGAGCUUGCUAUGGUCAAGCACGUUCUCGACCAGCAGGAGCAUGUGCUGAAACAAUUUCUCCAAGACCGCCUAAGCGAUAGCGUGGAAGAACAUCCACAAGAUUGGGCACCAAUCGAAAGCUCUCAAGAAACAAUCCAACAGUACAUGAGAAGGGUGGAAAAGAUCGAUGGUGAUGCGGACAGAAUUGAGAAGAGUAUACAGGACAUGCUUAACUUGAAGCGCACGCACGCCAGCAUUAGGGACGCCCACAGCAGUCUCAUCGUUAGUACCGCUGUUAUUGGAUUUACCGUCAUCACAGUCGUUUUCACUCCACUUGCAUUCCUCACGGCACUUUUCGCUCUCAAAAUCGACGGAUUUGAGAACCUCCAAAUCUUUGGUACUGAUGGCGUUUACCAUAGAGGCAAGAUUGGCGGCAUAUUCGUGAGUACCGAAAUCUUGACCCUAGUCUUGACAGGCGUAGUGGUAUGGAUAGCGUUCAAGUACAUAAAUCGCGACGAAGAAUCUUCCUGGAAAGAAAAAGUGCUCGUUUGGUUGAAGAACCUUAUUGCUAGGCCUGGAGGUGUCGUGAUUCCGACACACUGGUUCAAAGGUUCGAGCAGCAAGGAGCGCGCCAAAGCCCCGGAUCCAGAAUCAUUGAAGCCGGACGAACAGCCCAGAACAACUGCAAAAGCUUCGGAAAGGGCCGACCCAGCAACGCUAUCGCCCUCGACACCUCCUGUCUCUGAUGAAUCCGAUUUCAGCUAG